UCUUCGACGUCGGUGGCACGGAAAAAGGAAAAGCGCGGAAAAUUAUAAAUCGCCCGUCCACAUACACAUAUACACACACACAAAUAUAUACAUAUACAAAAACGACAGUGUGUUCCAUAUGUGUAAUCAAAUCGUUCGGUGCCCCGCCGUUUAUAUAUAGAAAAUUUCAACGCACGCAGCUCUGAGAAAAACUAAAAUACGAAAAUAAAUUACGAAAAUCGUGGCCACUUUUCAGAGGCAAAAACCAAAUAUAUAGAAUCGCGUUUUCCACGGGCUCGCCUUAAUCGCAGUUAUUAUCGCUUAUUAUUAUUCGUAUUACGCAUACGCUCCGUGUGUCGGUUGGUGUGUUUGUGUGCGUGGUGAAGAGCGAAAAGGAAAGCUCUGCUGGCGUCGCAGUCGACGUUGCGACUCCACCCUAAAUUGUAUAUCAAUUUUGAAGGGUUUCUGUCGGGUUUUUCGGAGUGUGUGUUGCCCGCUUGACCGCAAAACGGGGCCAAAUGUCUCGAUAUAGUCCUUACCAGCGAUACCAGUGAGAAUCGAAUCGAACCGCCGCCUGUGCAACUACAAAAAAAAAACAAGGAAAAUGCGAGAAAAAUGUUUGGUUUAUGCGAAAAGUUGAUGACACAUUUCGCUGUCAUUUUGACCGCAUUUUUCCUCUCCCAGCCGCUGUUGUUGUUGCUGAUUUGCGGGCCGCAUGGCGGCAUCUCCCCCUCGACCUCCCCCCACUGGGCAGAGGCCUCGGCGGCGGAUGAAGCCGUUGGCAAAUGGGCCACCCAGUUUGGCGACGAGCUGUUCCAGCUGGCUCAGAAGAUCACCAAGUCGCAGGAGAUCAAGGAGAAGUACAAGGAGUACAAUGCCCGCGUGGAGCUGAAGAAUGGCACCGAGCUGAUCAAGUCGAUCACGAAAAACGUGGGCAGGAUGCUGGCCAGAAAGAUGGAGGCGGUGCGGUGCAUCCAGGAACGGGCGGAAUAUGUGAACGAGAACUUUGAGUUCAAUAGCACCUAUGCCCUGCAGAAUUUUACCUAUAUAUCCAGCAAGUAUUCGCUUUUCGAUAAUAAAAGUUCCGACGAGCUGGAGCCGAAUGAGGCCAAGUACGCCUGGAUGUAUCGAGAGAUGGACUUGAAUCCGGACACUCACUUUUACAACACACCGGUGGACACCGAGCACAGUUCGGUGCAUGUGCCCUCGAAUGUGUGGGAUCGUUCGAAUCGGGUGCUGAAGACCAUCAUGUGGUCCGAGCAGCUGGACGAGGUCUUCCGGCAGAACUACCAGUCCGAUCCGGCCUUAUCCUGGCAGUACUUUGGCUCCGACACGGGAAUCCUGCGGCACUAUCCGGCUGCCCAAUGGACAGACACCAAAACGAAUCGAGACGAUGCCGAUACCUACGAUUGCCGAAAGAGAUCCUGGUACAUUGAGACGGCCACCUGUUCGAAGGAUAUCGUCAUCCUGCUGGAUCACUCGGGUUCAAUGACUGGAUUCCGACAUCACGUGGCCAAGUUCACCAUCCGCAGUAUCUUGGACACCUUCUCCAACAACGAUUUCUUCACCAUAUUGCGUUACUCGAAGGAGGUGGAUGACAUCAUACCCUGCUUUAAUGGAGCCCUCGUCCAGGCCACGCCCGAGAACAUAGAGGUCUUUAACGAGGCCAUCGCCAAUUUGGAGGAUCCCGAGGGCUAUGCAAAUCUCACUCUGGCCUACGAAACGGCCUUCCAACUCCUGCGAACCUAUUACGACAGUCGGCAUUGCAGCACCAAUUCCACCUGCAACCAGGCCAUAAUGCUGGUCACCGAUGGUGUGGCAGGUAAUACCACCGAUGUAUUUCAGAAAUACAACUGGGGCAACGGCGAGAACGGCACCUCGCGAAUGAACACUCGCGUGUUUACCUAUCUGCUGGGCAAAGAGGUCACCAAAGUGCGCGAGAUCCAGUGGAUGGCCUGCCUCAAUCGGGGAUACUACUCUCAUGUCCAAACUUUGGACGAGGUUCACGAGGAGGUGCUCAAGUACGUUGACGUCAUUGCCACGCCCCUGGUCCUACAGAAUGAACAGCAUCCGCCCACCUGGACGCACGCCUUCACCGACAAGACGUACGAUCCAAAAACCUCGAAUGAACGACGACCCCGCCUUAUGAUAGCAGUGGGAGUACCCGCCUUCGAUCGCUUCUAUCGCCACGCCAAUACUACCAAUCCAAGGGCACGUUUGUUAGGAGUCGCUGGUACAGACGUUCCCGUGGAAGAUAUUGACAAGCUGACACUACCCUACAAACUUGGUGUAAAUGGCUACUCCUUUGUGGUUUCCAACAACGGAUAUGUUCUACUGCAUCCGGAUCUGCGACCCAUUGGGACCAAUGGUAAAAUGAAUCCGAACUACAACAGCAUCGACUUCAGCGAAGUAGAGCAUCUUUUCGAGGACAAGAAUCCGCGGGAACCGGGCGAAUCCAUUCUUAAUAUUCGCAAUGCCAUGGUGCGACACGAAAGUAAUGAGUUCAAGGGCAUAUCCGUCAAGUUCCACUACGACAAAAUGCGCCGCGUUUCCGAGGAGAAACAGGACUACUUCUUUGCCCCUCUGCCGAACACCCCGUUCACUUUGGGCAUCGUAAUGCCCAGCGAAUAUGGCAAAACCUGGAUUAAGGUGGGCGAGGAGGUGGACAAGAACAAGCACAUGAAGAUCAAUAUAUCGGAUUUCUUUAUCGGCGACAACUGGAAGGUUCAUCCUGAUUGGGUUUACUGCAAGUACCAUUAUCUAGAGGGUCAUGAGUUCAAAACACCUGAGGCUGAGUUGCGCGAGUUUCUGGGCAAGAUGGUCAAAAACGAUUGGAAGUGGCCAGAGCAAUAUGCCGAGGACGAAUCCGAUUGGGAUGACAAAGAUGAAUUAAAUUGUGGCCGAAAGACGUUGGGUGACGAUGCCUACUAUUGCAACAAGGAGCUGGUGCACCUUCUCAUCUUCGACGCCAAGGUGACGAACUCCAGCUACGGAGUGUGGCGAUUUGAGAGCGAAGAGGAGCGCCAGUUGUUAGAUCGUUUUGGUGCUGAUCUCCGAUUUGUGGCCACCAUGAGCGGCUUGACACGAUGGCAGUUCAUCUUGGGCGAAGAGGAGGUGGACACGGAUCGGGAAUUUGGGGAUUACCACACCACAGCCAUUGAUGAGACCUGGUACAAGAGUGCCAUCCUGCAGCACCACGAGGAUCGAACGGAGAGCUUCGUCUACUCGGUGAAGCAUUACGACGAUCCCAUGGAGGGCGACAAGGUCAAAGUCACCGCCUCGCACGCAAUCUUUCCAAGAGAUGGCGGCAAGGAGGCGCCCGCCUGCGUGGUGGGCUUCCAGUUUGUUCACGAACGCAUGUGGGAGCGAUUCUUCAGCAUCACCUCAGUGGAUCAUUGCGACCGUUGCCUACCCAUCUGCACGGACGAUGAUGUGGAUUGUGUGGUUAUAGACAAUAAUGCAUAUAUCGUGAUUGGCCAGAAUGUGAACACCACUGGGAAGUUCUUCGGGGAAUUCCACGGCGAUGUGAUGUCUGCGAUGGUGGAAAAGGGCAUCUUCCUGAGCAUCGAGGUCUACGAUUACCAAGAGCAGUGCAAGGAGGAGCCAAAAGCGGGCAGCUAUGGCCAUGGUCUCUUACAUCCCCUUCGACUAUUGAGUCUUGGCUGGAAGUGGCUAGUGGGCCAGCUCUUCUUUCAGUACCAAAGGAUUCAGUGGUGGGCUGAUGGAGCGCCAUUUAUGGAAUAUACGGAUGAGAUCGAGGACGAGUACGUGGCCGUGGGCGAUGGAGGAAAAGCUUCGGCUUCCAAGCCAAAGGAGGAUAGCGACGAUGAAAACGCCAUGUUCGAUGAACCCGAACCGGAACCCACUUACAAGGCCUGCGACAUGCGAUCCACUCUGUACUCACUGCAGCCCAGUGCUCUGGUGGGCAUCAAUGAUUUCGUGGAGGCGCCUUCAACGCGACCCUUCCUGGUCAAGAAGAUCCCCAACUCCAACCUGGUCCUGGUGGUGGUCAAUGUCCUGAUGCCGUCGCGCAGCGUUCGCCUGACCACCGAACCCCAGCGGAUGGAGUACGCGAAGGAAUUCCCCUGCUACAAGCUCAACAUGAGCUUCUACGAACGGCGACGCAUCGAAGAGUGCUACACGGAGCACGAGGAUGAGGAACUGUACACCUAUUGCGGCAAUGCCUCGCGGCUGGGUUUGACGCUUCAGCUGCUGCCGCUGACCAUAAUUUUAAUGUUUUACCUGACGCACAGCUUUAUGCGUUGAGGGAUAUGUACACAAAACUAUAUAUUAUACAACUAUUAUGUACUAUAAGCGAGUAGGAUCGGUUUGUUGUUUAUACAUAAAUAUAUUUUUGGUUUUCUAUAGAUUGUAAA